AUGUCGGAUAGUAUAACAGAGGCUGGAAAUUCCUCUCUAAUUGGACAAGUGUUCCAAUACUUACAACUAGCCUUCCAAAUUUUCCAAUCUUUGCCUCUUGCUCAAAGAAUUUCACUCAUCGUCCUAGCACCAUUUCUUUAUUCCAUAACAUGGCAAUUCAUCUACUCUUUCAGAAAGGAUCGUCCACCUCUAGUGUUCUACUGGAUUCCAUGGGUCGGAUCUGCUGUUCCUUAUGGUCACAAACCAUAUGUAUUUUUCGAAAACUGUCAAAAGAAAUAUGGUAACAUCUUUUCAUUCAUGCUAUUAGGUAGAAUAAUGACCGUCUAUUUGGGUCCAAAGGGUCACGAAUUCAUCUUUAAUGCUAAAUUGGCUGAUGUUUCUGCUGAAGACGCAUACUCUCAUUUGACGACCCCCGUCUUCGGUAAGGGUGUCAUUUAUGAUUGUUCUAACAGUAGAUUGAUGGAUCAAAAGAAAUUCGUCAAGGGUGCUUUAUCUAAGGAAGCUUUUAAAAGAUAUGUCCCAUUGUUUAAAGAGGAAAUCUUGAAAUAUUUCAAGGAUUCUAAUAAUUUCAAGUUCAAUCAAAGAGAAAAGGGUGAAAUUGACGUUAUGGUUACUCAACCUGAAAUGACUAUCUUUACUGCAUCAAGAACUUUGUUGGGUAAGGAAAUGAGAGAUAAAUUAGAUACUGAUUUUGCUUAUUUAUACAGUGAUUUGGAUAAAGGUUUCACCCCAAUUAAUUUCGUUUUCCCCAAUUUACCAUUUUUGGAACACUACAAGAAGAGAGAUAAUGCUCAAAGAACCAUUGCUUCCACCUAUUUGUCAUUGAUUAAGAAGAGACGUGCCAAUAAUGAUAUUCAAGAUAGAGAUUUGAUUGAUACUUUAAUGAAGAAUUCUACUUAUAAGGAUGGUGUCAAGAUGACUGAUCCAGAAAUUGCUAACUUAUUAAUUGGUGUUCUAAUGGGUGGUCAACACACUUCUGCUGCCACAUCUGCUUGGUGUUUAUUACAUUUGGCUGAAAGACCUGACGUUCAAGAAGAGUUAUAUCAAGAACAAAUGCGUGUAUUGGAUAAUGGUAAGAAGGAAAUAACGUAUGAUCUUUUGGAACAAAUGCCAUUGUUAAACCAAAUGAUUAAAGAAACUUUAAGAUUGCAUCAUCCAUUACAUUCUCUUUUCCGUAAAGUUAUUAGAGACAUGCAAGUACCUAACACUUCCUACGUCAUUCCAAAGGAUUAUUUCGUCCUAGUAUCACCUGGUUACACCCAUUUACAAGAACAUUACUUUCCACAGGCACAUUCAUUCAACAUUCAUCGUUGGGAUAAUGAUGCAGAAUCUUCUUAUGUUGUAGGUGAAGAAGUCGAUUACGGGUUCGGUGCUAUUACAAAGGGUGUCACAUCUCCAUAUUUACCAUUCGGUGGUGGGAGACACAGAUGCAUUGGUGAACAUUAUGCUUAUUGUCAAUUAGGUGUUAUCAUGGCUGAAUUCAUAAGAGAAAUGAAAUGGCACUUUCCAUCCAAAGAUCAAACUGUUCCUGUGUCUGAUUUCACCAGUAUGGUUACUUUACCAACUGGACCAGCAAAGAUUGUUUGGGAAAAGAGAGUCCCACAUGAAACUGUGUGA